AUGGCAACCGCUAAGCUCAGCUUCUUUGAGAAAAUUGCCAACGCCCUUGGUGCAAUUUACCGCCAUCAAGCGGCUCAAUAUCCGCGCCGUUUGGCUAUUUUGAAGGCCGUUUACAAACACGAGCUCGCUCCACCAAAGUCCGCUGAUUGGCCAGCAAUCCAGGCUGACUUCAAGAAGGUUCAAAGCUUCAUCCAGGCUAAACAAUACAACAAUCUUACCGUCAGAGAGGGGCUCGUUUACACCGCCGUGGCCCUUGAAGUUAUCUUCUGGUUCUUCGUUGGCGAGAUGAUUGGACGUCGCUACAUUUUCGGAUAUCUCGUCCCUUCAGACUACAUCUCGAAAGAGACUCGCGCCAAAGUCAAGGAGCAAAAGAGACUCGCCGCACUCGAGGCCUAA